AUGAAAGUAUAUGGCCGGUCUUGUGUGUUUCUUGCUCGGUUUUCUCAUACUGUAUCGGCAAAUUGCUUACCAGUUGAUCGAUUACUGAAGAUUGACCAGAAAUGGAAAACUGAAACAUAUUCAAACCAUGACUUGAACAAUGAAGGUUCAAAAAAACAAAUCACUAAGGAGAAAAUGUACAUAUUGAGCAUGUUUCCGUAUCCUAGUGGCUCACUACACAUGGGACAUGUUCGUGUCUAUACAAUUGCAGACCUUCUUGCUCGAUUUUACCGGAUGAAAGGCUAUGAAGUUAUCCAUCCAAUUGGUUGGGAUGCUUUUGGAUUGCCGGCAGAGAAUGCUGCGCUCGAGCGUCAAAUUAAACCGGAAGUUUGGACAAGUUCCAACAUUGUUAAGAUGAAGCAACAGCUUCUAGCCAUGAAUGUACAAUUCGAUUGGCAGCGUAGUAUCACUACAUGUUCACCUACCUAUUAUCGAUGGACACAGUGGUUGUUCUUAAAACUUUUUAAACAUAAGCUUGCCUAUCAAAAAUACGCGACAGUCAAUUGGGAUCCUGUUGACCAAACAGUACUUGCAAAUGAACAGGUAAACAGCGAGGGGCGAUCUUGGAGAAGUGGUGCGCUAGUGGAAAAAAGAACACUGAAUCAGUGGUUCCUACGAAUUACUGACUAUGCUCACGAAUUGAAUCAUGAUUUGGAUUUGCUUUCCGGAUGGCCUGAUCAAGUAAGAACAAUGCAAAGAAAUUGGAUUGGUGAAUCUCAUGGUUAUGAGGUUUUGUUUCAGCUAGACGACGAAAAUGGUACACAAUUACCAGUAUUUACUACACGGCCAGAGACGCUCUAUGGAGUUUCACUCAUUGCCGUCUCAAAAGAUCAUCCACUUUCUAUAAAGGAGCGCAACACAAAUUGCCAUUUUCGUGAUUUUUUGGAUAAACAAGCCGAAAAUGCUCACGACGGUUAUCAGCUCAAUGUUCAUGCAAGGAAUCCUCUUACUCAUACUGUUGUACCUGUAUACUAUGCACCGUAUGUUCAUAAUGAUUAUGGCACAAGCGCUGUAAUGGGCGUUCCACAACAUAACUCUGCUGAUCUUUUAUUUUGGAAACAGAUGGGCUCCCCAAAUUCUGCUAUUCAAGUCCUUGUAUCGGAGAAUGAAGGGAACGAAACACAAAUCAUGUCUAGUAAUUGUGGAAAACACUCCUUUCUUAACUAUAAAAUCGCCGCUAAAAGUGUAUAUGAAGAAUUAUCUGCAAAGGGCCUUGCUCGUAAGAAGACGAACUAUCGUCUUCGAGAUUGGCUAGUUUCUCGCCAGCGUUACUGGGGCACACCAAUACCGAUUAUUCACUGUCCAAACUGUGGAGCAGUACCUGUUCCUGAAGAACAGCUUCCGGUGACAUUGCCUAAACUUGACAAGUUUUCUAGAGAUUUAUCGGUUUUUCGAAAUUCAAAGGCAUACAAGGAAUGGUGCACGACAAUAUGUCCAAAUUGCGGCUCUGAAGCUCAGAGAGAACAGGAUACGCUUGAUACGUUUGUCGACUCGUCUUGGUAUUUUUUUCGAUAUCUCUCACCGAACGAAGAAGGUGUACCUUUCCAAAAACAGCUUGCACAAAAGUAUAUGCCUGUAGAUAUAUACUUAGGAGGUGUGGAACACUCAAUAUUACACUUAUUGUAUGCUCGAUUUUUUGCCAAGUUUAUGAAAACAUUAGGCCUGUGGGUGGAUGACGAACACCGAAACGAACCGUUCCAGCGUUUAGUUACUCAAGGUAUGGUUCACGGAAAGACAUAUCUUCACCCAAAGACAAAUCGAUACCUGAAACCCGAUGAACUCGUUUGCAAGGACGGGCAAAUCCGGUUACGAGAUGAUUUAUCUCUUGAACCAGCGAUUUCUUUUGAGAAGAUGAGCAAAAGUAAACACAACGGUGUUGAUCCGAUGGGAGUUCUUCGUACCUGGGGUUCAGACGUUGUGCGCGCUCAUAUUUUGUUCUCGGCUCCAGUAGACAAAGUGCUGAACUGGGAUCCCAACACCGCUGUAGGCAUCAAAAGAUGGCUACUCCGUGUUGUACAGAUUGCAGAGCAACUUCAGGGCAGCAAUACAAUUGAAAAGGUGGAUGUUUCUCAAUUGUCACAAACCGAACUCAGUUUAUUGAGUGAACUGACGAGUCUUGUUGCUCGCGCAGAAGAUAAUUACGCAAGUCGUUUGGGAUUGAAUGUUCUUGUUUCUGACUUGAUGAAGUUUACGAACUUACUUACAAAGUGCAUGAAAGAGGACCAAGUGAGACCGGAAGUCGCGCAUUAUGCAUUAGAGAUUCUUGUACGUUGUAUGGCUCCUAUGACACCAUGUGUUUCUAUGGAAUGCUGGGAACUUCUUCGGUGCCCCGGAAGUGUGUUUGAUGCUUGGCCCAAAAUGCAGCUGAAUAUAAAAAAGCCCUUCCAAGAGCGGUCCAUUCCAGUUCAGAUUAAUGGAAAAAAGAGAUUAGAACUGAAUGUUUCGUCAGAUGCCCAAAUGUCUGAGGAGCAAGUGAUUGCCCGCUUGAAAGAUUUAAAAGAAGCUCAAAAAUGGAUGAAUGGACAAACUAUCGAAAAAGUAAUUAUUCGGCCGCGAAUUAUAAACAUUGUCUUGAAGAGAUGA